CGCCGCCGCUCGUGGAGUCGAUCCAACGGCUGCGGUGCGAGGCCGCGAGUGGCCGGCAAAGGGCAAUUCGGUCAUUUCGCCGCCACCACCGCCGCCGCCGUCGUGGUGGUUCCGGCCCAACUCCACCGUCUCCACGCAUCAUCGUCUCCCGCUCCUUUUAAACCCGUGCUGCUCCUCCGACGAGCGCCGCCGCCGCCGCCGCCCUCGCCAUCGCCUCCGCGAGCGCGCGUCUCCCUGCUCCAUGGGCCGCGGGGCCCAGACGACCAGCCGGUGCGCGCCGUAGAUCCCGCGCGCCAGAUCCGAUGGGGGAGACCGGGGUGGCCGUCGCCUCCUCCCCGCGCGCCGCGGCCUCCUCCCCGCGCGCCGCCGCCUCCUCGGCGUCGGUCGCGUCGUCGCCGCGGGCGGGCGGGGUGGGCGGGCGGCACCACCACAGGCGGUGGGGUGGCGCGGCGGCGAUCUCGCCGUCGUACAGGGCGGUGCUGCUCGCGCUGUGGCUGGUCGGGUUCGCGCUCGUGUUCCUGUGGCAGAGCACCUCGGUGGGCCGCGCGCGGCUCUACACCCGCCCGCCGCUGCUGCCGAAGCGCGCGCCGUCCGCCCAGGGGAUGGGGCAGUGGGUGGCCGCGCCGCCGGUCUACGAUCUGAGGGAGUUCGGGGGCGUCGGGGACGGGCGGACGCUCAACACCGAGGCGUUCGUGGCGGCGGUGGCGUCCAUCGCGGAGAGAGGCGGCGGGAGGCUCGUCGUGCCCGCCGGGAGGUGGCUGACCGCGCCGUUCAACCUCACCAGUAGGAUGACGCUAUUCCUCGCCGCCGGCGCUGAGAUCCUCGGGGUCCAGGAUGAAAGAUAUUGGCCGUUGAUGUCUCCGUUACCAUCAUAUGGGUACGGAAGAGAGCACAGGGGGCCUAGGUAUGGGAGCCUUAUACAUGGUCAAGACCUCAAGGAUGUGACUAUAACUGGACAAAAUGGAACCAUAAAUGGGCAAGGUCAAAGUUGGUGGAGCAAAUUUCGGAAGAAAGUCCUCAAUCACACAAGGGGUCCUCUUGUGCAACUCAUGCGGUCAAGUAACAUUACCAUUUCUAACAUCACUCUACGGGAUUCUCCCUUCUGGACACUUCAUAUAUAUGACUGCAAGGAUGUUACUAUAUCAGAUACCACCAUCCUGGCUCCAAUUGUUGGAGCUCCAAACACUGAUGGGAUAGAUCCAGAUUCUUGUGAGAAUGUAGUGAUUAAAAACUGCUAUAUUUCUGUUGGUGAUGAUGGGAUUGCUAUAAAGAGUGGUUGGGACCAAUAUGGAAUUGCUUAUGGGCGUCCAUCUACUAACAUUAUUAUUCACAACGUCACAAUCCGCUCCAUGGUCAGUGCUGGUGUAUCUAUAGGAAGUGAGAUGUCUGGCGGUGUUUCAAAUGUCUUGGUAGAGAAUGUCCAUAUCUGGGAUUCACGGCGAGGUGUGAGGAUAAAGACUGCCCCUGGAAGAGGGGCCUAUGUAAGCAACAUCACGUACCGGAACAUAACCCUAGAACACAUCCGAGUUGGCAUUGUGAUCAAGACCGACUACAAUGAGCACCCGGACGAAGGCUUCGACCCCAAGGCAGUUCCCAUCAUAGAGAACAUCUCGUACAGUUCAAUCCAUGGACAUGGGGUGCGUGUACCAGUCAGGAUACAGGGGAGCGCAGAGAUCCCCGUGAAGAAUGUUACUUUCCAUGAUAUGUCAGUCGGUUUGGUGGACAGGAAGAACCACGUUUUCCAGUGCUCCUUCGUCCAGGGGCAGGUCAUUGGCUAUGUUUUCCCUGUACCGUGCAAGAACCUGGAUCUGUACAACGAGCGGCGUGAGCUGGUUAAACAAUCAGCACUGCAGAAUAUCUCUGAUAUCGACUACAGUUUUUGACAAGGCGGCACCCUCUUUUUUUCGGUUCACUGUACCAUUGCUGUAGGAGUAUUCACUGCUCAGUUAACAGUUACAGAGAAUUUUUUGGGUAGCUUUUUACAGCUUUCACUCUCAGAGUCUCAGGAAUGUAUUUAAGGAUGUUCCACCUGUCUAUACUGCCUCACAAAAGGACACUGAUGUUUCCACUUCAGUCAUGUAUUUGUACACACUAAAUCAGGCCCAUAGCUCAAUUGUACACCUUUUUAGCAACAAAUUUCUCUGUUGAGAGCAAUAAAGUUCUUCGUUUACACAUC